GAGCAAAUAAUUAGCAUUGAAAUUGUCAAGAAUCUAGUUGAACCAUGACGGACAUAAAGAACUUCCUGUAUGCUUGGUGUGGAAAGCGCAAGGUCACUCCAAGUUAUGAUAUCCGUGCAGCUGGUAACAAGAAUAGGCAAAAGUUUGUUUGUGAGGUUCGAAUAGAUGGAUUUAAUUAUACUGGCAUGGGAAAUUCUACCAGCAAAAAGGAUGCCCAGACAAACGCCGCCAGGGAUUUUGUCAAUUACCUUGUUAGGACUGGAGCGAUGAAAGCUGAUGAGGUUCCCAGUUUGAAGGGAUUUGAACCUGAUAGUGUUAAUAGUGGUCAAAGUAGUGUGCUGGAGGAAUUGCCAUUUGGUGUGCCCAGUGCUCCUCGCUUAGCUGUGAAAAAAGAGCAAGAUGUUGACUGUGGAGGGGGCAGAGGAGGUGGACUCAGUGGUUACUGGGAACGUGGAGCCAAUUUAAAGGAAUAUUAUGAGAGGAGAGAUGAACAGGAAGCCCAAGCAACUCUGGAAUCUGAAGGCUUGGAUUUGAAUGCUGGUCUUCAUGGCAACUGGACACUUGAAAAUGCCAAAGCUCAACUUAAUCAAUUUUUCCAAAAAGAGAAGAUUCAAGCAGAUUAUAAGUAUUCACAAGUUGGACCUGACCACAACAGGAGUUUUAUUGCAGAGAUGACUAUUCACGUGAGACAGCUGGGAAGAAGAAUUACAGCCCGUGAGCAUGGUUCAAAUAAAAAACUGGCUGCGCAAUCAUGUGCACUGUCAUUGGUCAGACAGCUUUACCAUCUGGGAGUGUUUGAAGCUUUUACUGGACAUACAAAGAAGAAAGAAACAGAGAAGGUGGAGCCAUAUGAGCUAAAUAUUGCUAGUGACUUGGAACGUCAGCUGGAAUCUGUUGUAAAUGACCUUGGAUUGCAGCUUGUACCAUCACCUGAAGACCCUAAUAAUCCAAUUUCGCUUACUGUUGGGAAGCUUGCCCAAUUUGAGCCAUCAAUUCGGCAGAAUUUUGCAGGAGUUGUGCCAUGGUCGCCGCCUCAAGUCAACUGGAACCCUUGGACCAGUAGCAAUAUUGAUGAAGGGCCUCUUGCUUAUGCAACACCGGAACAAAUCAGUAUGGACUUAAAGAAUGAGCUACAAUACCAGAUGCAGAAUGAUAGCAAUCUACAACAUAUACUGAAAGAAAGGAGCCAAUUACCAGUUAAAAACUUUGAGGAUGAAAUACUUAAAUCAGUCAGCUGCAAUCCAGUAAUCAUUAUUCGAGGUCAAACUGGGUGUGGUAAAACUACUCAGGUUCCUCAAUACAUCCUUGAUGAAUACAUCAGAAGUGGCAAAGGAUCGGAAUGUAAUAUUGUAGUCACACAGCCUCGACGUAUUAGUGCUGUGUCUGUCGCUGAGCGUGUUGGUUGCGAGCGUGGAGAAGAACUAGGCAAGAGCUGUGGUUACAGUGUUCGUUUUGAAUCCAUAUUACCAAGGCCUCAUGGCAGCAUAAUGUUCUGUACUGUAGGUGUCCUGUUGAGGAAAUUAGAAGCUGGUCUUCGUGGUAUAAGCCAUGUAAUAGUAGAUGAAAUCCAUGAAAGAGACAUUAAUACUGAUUUUCUCCUUGUGGUUUUGCGAGAUGUUGUCCAAGCUUAUCCCGACAUCCGUGUUAUUCUCAUGUCUGCAACUAUUGACACCACCAUGUUCAGAGAGUAUUAUUUUAAUUGUCCAAUAAUCGAAGUAUAUGGAAGAACAUAUCCUGUUCAAGAAUAUUUCUUAGAAGACUGUAUUCAGAUGACUCGAUUUGUUCCUCCUCCAAGAGACAAGAAGAAAAAGGACAAAGAUGAGGAUGGUGGUGGUGAUGAUGAGGAGGUGAACUGUAACAAUAUCUGUGGUGAUGACUAUGAGACAGAAACCAAACGUGCUAUGGCUCAAAUGAGUGAAAAGGAGACUCCUUUUGAACUAAUAGAGGCAUUGCUGAAGUAUAUUGAAACACUGAAUGUAGAUGGUGCAGUUCUUGUUUUCUUACCAGGCUGGAACUUGAUUUUUGCUAUGCAAAGACACUUGGAAACAAACCCGUACUUUGGAAGCCACAGGUACAGAAUUCUACCAUUACAUUCGCAGAUUCCAAGGGAAGAACAGCGCAGAGUGUUUGAUCCUGUGCCAUCAGGAGUCAGAAAGGUUAUUUUGGCCACAAACAUCGCAGAAACAAGUAUUACGAUUAAUGAUGUAGUUUACGUCAUUGAUUCGUGCAAACAAAAAAUGAAACUGUUUACAUCUCAUAACAAUAUGACAAACUACGCCACAGUAUGGGCUUCAAAGACCAAUUUGGAACAACGACGGGGAAGAGCAGGACGUGUCCUUCCUGGCUUCUGCUUCCAUCUAUGUAGCAGGGCGCGAUUUGAGAGACUUGAAACACAUAUGACUCCCGAGAUAUUCCGCACACCUCUUCAUGAAGUUGCUCUGAGUAUCAAACUUCUUCGUCUGGGAGGCAUUGGACCAUUUUUGGCCAAAGCUAUUGAACCCCCUCCUCUAGAUGCAGUUAUUGAGGCAGAACACACCUUGCGAGAACUGCGGAUGCUGGACGAUGGCUUAGUUAUAAUUGGAUUUGGAAAGCUAUUGAUAGAAAAUGUUACUGAUUUUACUUUUAUCUGUUGCAGUGUUGGGGACGCAGUGUGCACAAUAUCUGCUGCUACCUGUUUCCCAGAGCCUUUUGUUAAUGAAGGCAAGCGCCUGGGCUACGUGCACAGGAACUUCUCAGGAACGAGAUUUUCAGAUCACGUUGCUCUGCUUUCAGUUUUCCAGGCCUGGGAUGAUGCAAGGAUGGGAGGAGAAGAUGCAGAAUUGCGGUUUUGUGAUCAUAAAAGGUUAAAUAUGGCAACUUUGCGCAUGACAUGGGAAGCUAAGGUUCAGCUGAAGGACAUCCUUAUCAACUCUGGCUUCCCUGAAGAGUGCUUGAUGACACAAGUAUUUAACAACACUGGACCAGAUAAUAAUCUUGAUGUGGUUAUCUCACUGCUUUGCUUUGGACUUUAUCCCAAUGUCUGCUAUCACAAGGAAAAAAGAAAGAUCUUGACUACAGAGGGACGCAAUGCACUUAUCCACAAGUCUUCAGUCAAUUGCCCAUUCAGCAACCAAGAUACAAAGUAUCCUUCCCCAUUCUUUGUGUUUGGGGAGAAGAUACGAACUCGAGCUGUGUCUGCAAAGGCAAUGACGUUAGUUAGCCCACUCCAGUUGCUUUUCUAUGGUUCAAAGAAGGUGACUUCAAAUGGAGAAAUUAUUCUGAUGGAUGACUGGAUAAAGUUGAAGAUGCCUCACUAUACAGCUGCUGCAAUUGUUGCUCUGCGUGCAGGAAUGGAGGCACUGGUUGUCGAAGUUGCCAAGGAUCCAGAAUUCAUACGACAAAUGGAUCCUGCACAUGAACGAUUGUUGAAUGUAAUCCGGCAGAUUUCAAAACCUGGUGCAGCAGGCAUUAAUCUUAUUGCAAAUUCGAGAUUUGGUGAUGGUCCUCGUCCUCCAAAGAUGGCACGUUAUGACAACCAAGGUUUUGGUGGCAGAGGGAGUGGUCGUGGAUCCAGUUACAGGGGAGGUCGUGGUUAUGGAAGAGGCAAUAGCUAUGGUGGCUCCCGUGGUAGUUUCAAUUCUGGAUACUAUGGUGGAGGAAAAGGUGGUAGUGGAGGAAGCUACCAAGGUGGUGGAUACCGCAACUACCAAAGUGGAGGUCGUGGUGGUGCAGGAUACGGGAGUUACCAAAGUGGUGGUGGUGGUGGGUAUGGGGGCUACCAAAGUGGUGGAGGAAGUGGAGGAUACGGUGGCUACCAAAGUGGUAGCAGCGGUGGUGGAGGAUAUGGAGGAGGAUAUGGUAAUGGCAGAGGUGGCUACUAGAGAGGUGCAGAAGACCAAAAGUUGCAUUUGUGCGCUGUUUAUAUGUAUUGACAAUAAUACAGUUUUGUAUUUAAUUAUUUUCAGAAUAGAAACAGUGCAUGCGCAUUGCAAAUGUUGUUAUCAAUUGUCAGUUUUUAUGCAAAUAUUUUCUUUUACUUGGUGUAUACUUAAGUGCAAAUUCAGAAUAAGGAAAUGUACUUGUGACACAUUUUAAAUGGCAGUUUAGAAUCCCCAAGAAUAUUAAAGUUUACUUAACAAAUUACUAGUUUUGAAUGACCAUAUGAUUUUCAUCCUAUUUGAGAGCAGCAAUAAAAGGGCUGUUGGUAAACAAGA